AUGCUACAUUUGCAGGUAUAUAGAGUAUCUGGCACUACAAUUGAUAACGGAGUAAAGGGUGAACCGAUAUUAGAAUGUGCAGCAGAUAGUAUGUCUAUCACUUUUAUGACAGAAAAAGAAUUUGAAGGACAUGUCUAUGUGAAGGGCCACUAUGAUAAUAACUUAUGCCGAACAGAUGCUACCCUCAAAAAAGAUGUUAAUUUUACUGUACCCUUCUCCUUAUGUGAUGUACGAAGGCAACGUUCGAGUAAUCCACGAGGUCUGUAUGUAUGCAUGACUGUCAUCAUCACUUUUCAUCCGAUGUUUAUCACCAAAAUUGAUAAAUCAUACAACGUGAAAUGCUUUUACAUAGAAACAGAUCGUACUGUGACAACACGUCUUGAUGUUAGCUUAAAUAGUGAACAACAAAGGAAAAUCGUUGUAAUGAUUGGUGGCGAUAAACGUCAAGUGAAAGCGCUUACCAAUCGUAGUAGUACAGUUGAUGAUUUCGAAAGUGACACACUUUCAAACGGAGUGAUUACACAGCAGAUAGCUCUUCCAACUUGUCGAUAUCAGGUUCUUAUGGACGGACCACAUGGUUCCCCUGUGAAAUAUACAACUGUUGGAGAACAGGUUUAUCAUCAGUGGUCGUGUGCAGACGAAGAUGGAACAGUUCCAGAAACAAAUUUGUACUGCACAACCGUUCAUUCAUGUGUAGCUAAAGAAGAAAAUGGAAAAGAGGUUCAGUUGUUAGACGAAAAUGGAUGUGCUGUUGACAAAUAUUUAUUGAACAAUUUGGUUUAUACAUCCGAUUUGACCGGUGGACAGCUGUCCCAGGUAUUUAAAUUCGCUGAUCAAUCAUCGCUAUAUUUUCACUGUCAGAUACGGCUCUCAUUAAGACGUGGAAGUUGUAAGAGAACAAGCGACAAUUGUUCAAUUGGAAAAGUGAGGAGUAAGAGGGAACUGUCAAUUGCUUCCCAGUACAAUGAUGCCGAUGCAACAGUGGUUGAUGUGUUUUCGCAGUUGAUGACGGUGUUUGAUAUAGAUGAUCCAAUAAAUGCUGAUUCACUACAACGAUUUGAAUCGAAAGAGCUAAAACAUGUAACAAUCUGUUUAACACCGAUGUCGUUCAGUUUCCUGUUAGCACUCUUUACCACCGAGCUCCUCAUUUCAACCUUAUCAGUUAUUGUUCUAUAUCGGAGAACUUGUUAUAAGCAAGAAUAUUGUACAGAAUGA